CGACGCAUCGUUUUAUUGUGUUCCCUCCCUUCUCCUCUCCUCUGCUCCGCGGUCACUGGUUUUUCCAAAGCUUUCUCCUGCUCUCGCUGCUCAUUUUCCAACUAUAAUCAACGCAGAAACUGGAAGCUAUUAAUACUGGCACGGUGCUAUUCCAUCCCCAUUUUAAUGCAUUUCUUUGUUUUCCCUCUCAUUGCUCUUCACUCCACUACGGCGGCGCUCCUUGGCUUACAAGGGAUGAAUUGAUUGUUUUGGUUUCCUCACUGUCCUCCAUUGCGGUACGGUGGUGAACGUGGGUUUCCAUCUCUGUCAAUGGCUGAUCAAUUCUGUGGCAUUUGUGGUGAUGUUGGUUAUGCAGAGCUGAUUGUGACUUGCUCUAAGUGUAAAGUAGUUCGUGAACAUCUUUAUUGCAUGCACGUUAGAACUCAUGUUCCUGAAAUUUGGCGUUGUGGUCAUUGUGCAUUUGAUGAGGCCAAAAGUCCUGAUGAUUCAGGGUUGCAGUUUCAACCUAGAAUGAUAAGGCAUGCUAAAACUAGUAAAGUGAAGUUCAUACCUACUGAUGAAGUAAUAAAGCUAUCAUCGGGAGGGGUGAAGGGAUCUUCAAAGUUGAACGUGGGUUUUGCACCACAAAGAACAUCCGCAUCCAGAAAAGUCCUUCCAAGUUCUCUGCCUCGGCCGCUUUUCCAAGCAUCAAAAGAAUCUCAAGAACGAAGUUCUACUGCGAUGCCUCCAAAGGUAUGCAGUGUAAAGAAACAAGCGUCAGCUGCUUGUUUAUCUUCAAUGCCAGUAGGCCCAGUGCAAACAUCCAAAAAGGUGAAGGUUACAGAUGCACCUGCUUGCACUUCUUCUGUGCCAAGGCAUGGUUUACCCACUACGAAUACAGGAAAAAGAGUUCCUUCAGCUUCCCCUAAGUUGGAGGAUACGCAAAAACAAAUGAAGGAUGCUUUGAUGACAAAAACAAUAGAUACAUACCGGGAUUAUCUCCCAUCUUUACAUGCCUCUUGGAAGGGAGGCUUCCGAUUUGUUGAUGCCCUUAUGGACAGUGAAUUUUACGAUGGUUUCCUGGCAAAGCCUCCAUGUGUAGUACAUCGUAAAGCUUAUGAAUUGUCACGGACGAUUCCUCCAAUUCUUCAAGUGAAGCUGCUUAGCCGUUCUGAUAUUUGGGAUGAUAUAUUUCACGAUGAAUGUCCUCAUCUUGCUGACGUUUCCUUGUACUUCUUUCCCUCCAACGAUAUUGAAAGGUCCAGAAAGAACAAUUCUUGUCUGUUUGAACUUAUGGGGAGAGAAGAUUUAUUGAUAAGAAGUCUUAUUGACGGUGCAGAGUUGGUUGUAUUUACAUCUAGACAGCUGGAUGCCGACUCACAGUAUGUUCUUAGUAGGUUAAAUGCUGAAUGCCUCCUUUUCGGAGUUUUCCGUGCCAUAGAAGACAAUCAGUCUCCUUCCCUUUAUCUCGGAGAACGCCCUGCCGUAGUUCCUAAGCUACAAUAUGGUUCCGUAGUUCCUUCUGUAGAAUGUGCUUCCAGUGUUCCCCUACUGGAAUGCUCGCCCAGGGGGCAUGGAAAGAACGAUGGUAGCAAUCCUGUUGUUAACAAGGAAAUUGGCACCACUGAUGAAAACACUACUGGAAAGUCUCCAACUGCCUCAACAGAUAUAGACUCUACCAUUCAGCGAUUACUAUUAGAAUUUGGAUCACAACCACCAAGGGAGUCUGAUGUUAAUGGAUCAACUCAGAAAGUUCUAGUCCAACAUCAGGAACCUACUCCUAUCUCGGCAAUUGGUCCCUAUUCUCUUUCCCUGUCUGAAGUAAAGACAGAACGUUUACCAGCUAUCAAAGUGGAAGGAAGUGAUGACAAAAAAUGCUUGGAAAUGGAGAAAUGCCCGAGAAUGGCGCCAACAUUUAGCAUUGAUGGCUCUCAAAAUAGGAAUGGUUUAUUGGACCAAGACGUUCCCACGAGAGUCGCGGACAAGUAUCUUCGAAUCUUCAAUUCAGGGAUUAAAAAGGAACGGCACUAGCUCUCAUGUGUCAAGGUUUUCUUUCUCAUUAUCGUAGAUAUGUACAUUUAGUGAAUUGGGAUGUCAAUAUUAUAGUGCAAGGGUACAACAUAGUCUUGCUUUAUGGUAUAGAAAAACAGUUUGAACAUCUUAAGAGUAAUGAGUUCAUUGAUCCCAUAUUUAUCCACCACACUUCUGCAGCUCGAGGGUGGUCGUUUCUGAGAAAUAUUUUUGGCAUCUAGUUUUGUUUUCCCAUGCAAAUAGACUGCUGGCUGUCAGAAGUACUUGUGGAGCUCUUUGGAAUUAUGCAGCUAAAGCUGUCCAAUGGACAUUUAGUUGGAAAGGAAUCGUGCUAAAUCGUCGCACACUUGAAGAUAAAACUUCCACUUUUUGAUUUUUUUUUAAAGGGAUGUACAGCACCUCUUCUCGGUGGUGUCUUCGUUACAGGAAAUUCUUUGUAAUUACAACUUUUUCAUGAUUAUAAACAAUUGGAAAGUUCUUCUUUA